GUGACUAGGAUUUUUCCCCCCCAAAUCCUUGUAUCAUAGAGGAUCUGGCAGCCGGUUACCUUCUGACACUGUUUAUAGCAUAUAUUGGUUGAUCCAGUCCCUUACUGAAUCUGCUGUGGGAAUUAAAGCAAGGAGCUUCAAGUCAGAAAGAAACAACCCACACUGCAAAGAUGCAUCUGAAUUCUGUUCCUUUCCUCCUUUUCCUGGUCAGUGGCAUCUUCUGUCAAUUCGAUUAUGAUGGAUAUUAUCCUUCAGAGGCUGAUUAUGGUUAUGCUCCCUCAAUGUUUGGGCCAUCAACAGCAGUCUGUGCACCAGAAUGUACUUGCCCUAUCAGCUAUCCAACAGCUAUGUAUUGUGACAAUCUUAAACUGAAGAGUCUCCCAAUUCUUCCUUCUGGAAUUAAAUACCUGUAUCUUCGUAAUAAUAUGCUCGAUAGCUUAGAUGAAAAAUCUUUCGAUAAUGUAACAGACCUGGAGUGGCUAAUUCUAGAUAAUAACUAUCUGGAGAAUUCAAAAAUUAAGGGCAAAGUCUUUGCCAAAUUAAAAAAUUUGAAAAAACUGCACAUAAAUUACAACAACUUAACCGAAGUUGUUGGGCCACUUCCCAAUACGCUGGAUGACCUGCAGCUCGCUAACAACAAGAUUAAUAAAGUCAACCCCAAUUCACUCGAAGGACUUGUGAAUCUGACCAUCAUUCACUUACAGCAUAACCAACUAACAGAAGAUACACUUUCUGGGGUUUUUAAAGGCUUAAAUUCACUUGUGUACCUUGACUUGAGCUUCAAUAAACUUUCUAAGCUUCCUUUGGGAAUGCCCCCUAAUUUACUGAUGCUGUAUUUUGACAAUAAUCAAAUUACCAAAAUUCCUGAUGAGUAUUUCCAGCAUCUUAAAGUACUGCAGUUUUUAGGUCUAUCUCACAAUAAGUUGUCAGAUUCUGGAAUACCAGGGAAUCCUUUCAAUAUUUCUAGUCUUGUUGAGCUGGAUCUCUCCUAUAAUCAGCUGAAGAGCAUUCCAACAGUAAACGAGCACCUUGAAAACUACUACCUCCAAGUCAACCAGAUUAACAAAUUCCCAGUGAGCAGCUUUUGUAAAGUGGUUGGAGUACUAGCCUAUUCCAGGAUCAGACAUCUGCGUUUGGAUGCAAAUAAUCUCACGAGAGCUGAUCUGCCCAACGAAAUGUACAACUGUCUCCGGCUGGCUAGUGAAAUCUCCGUGGAUUGAAUUGUUCCUCAUUUCAUUCAGAGAAAUCUCCAUGGAAUUAAUUAUUCCUUCUCUAUUUUCAUGCUUUACGGUAACACUUUGAAACUAGAAGGUCACCUUACAUAAUAUAUUAUAUUAUGUUUGUUAAUAAGCAGCAUGACUUUGGAUCCUUUUUUUAAAAAAAUGUGUAUAUUCUAGUAAAUCUGUGAUGCUAAAGUUUUGUAAAACUAAGAAGUCCCAUAGAGUGUGGACAAAGUGUUUUCUUGUUUAUUUCCUAGACUGUUUUAGAUAAGAUAACAAAAUACAGCCUGAGUUUGAAUUAUUAAAAAGCACUGGUGUAUACUCAUGAUAAACACGCAUCACACUCCUUGUGCGUGUGCAGUUCUACUCAGGUUUUGCAGAAGUCAGGCAUAUUCUAAUCUAGAUGGAGUAUUUAGUAUGUUGGGGCUGGACCAUUUAUGUACAUUAUUUCUACAUGUUCAAAGUCAAAGUUUUCUUCUGUUGCUUUGUUUCAUUGUUGCAAUUAUAUUACACAGGAAAGCAAUAAUACAUUUGAGUUAUAUAAACUGAUAAUAUGUAUAGGAAAAUUUAAGACCUCAGUUAAGUAUGAUUCAUGUGAAGGAUUUAGAAAGCAGCAUCAUUUUAUAGGUUUUUAAUAGUGAAUACAUUUUAUAUUUGUCCAGUGAAAAUGUUGUGCUAUAGUUCGUUCAAAGCUUUUAAAAAAGUUACUUUACAAUGAAAUAUGUACACCAUUAUUGUUACUCAGUUAUUUGCAUGCUAUAUUUAACAUGAUUCUAGAUAAUAAAACAUGGCAAUAAAAAUAUUGACUGCAAAUUAUUGUCAAAAUAAGUUUAUUUUUUAUUUAAAAGGUGCAGAUGAAAACA